GACGUGACACCAUGCCGCUCUGUGUGGAUUCCAUCCUCAGGGGAAGAUCCUCCAAAUGAUGGAGGACAACAAGCAGCUGGCCCAGCGUAUCGACGGGGCCAUCCGCUCGGCCGGCCAGGAGGUGACCAACCUGCGCUCCGAGCUGUCGGCCACCAGCCGCCGGCUGGCCGAGAUGGGGGCCAACAGCCCGCCGGCCCUGGAGAACAACCACCACCACCACCACCACCACCUCCACCAGCACCACCAGCACCAGCUCCAGCUCCAGCAGCAGCAGCAGCAGCAGCAGCAGCAGCAGCAGCAGCACCUGCAGCAGCAGCAGAACCACCACGAUGACAGCCUGCACUACCAGAUGCUCCUGCGUGAGGAGGUGGCCCAGCUCCAGGAGGAGGUGCACUUCCUGAGGCAGAUGAAGGAGAUGCUGAGCCGCGACCUGGAGGAGACGCAGGAGGGCGGCUGCUCGGCCGGCCUGCUGUCGGCCACGGAGCUCCGCGUGCAGCUCGGGGACAAGGAGCAGGAGCUGGACCGCGCCAAGGAGGCCUUGCAAGCUAUGAAAGGAGACCGUAAGCGUCUAAAGGUGGAGAAGGCCGAUUUGGUUAGCCAGAUGCAGCAGCUGUACACGACGCUGGAGAGCCGAGAGGAGCAGCUCAGAGACUUCAUACGCAACUACGACCAGCACCGCAAGGAGAGCGAGGACGCGGUCAAGGCCCUGGCCAAGGAGAAAGACAUGCUGGAGAGGGAGAAGUGGGACCUGAGGCGGCAGACCAAAGAGGCCACGGAGCAGGCAAACCUCCUGCGCUCGCACAUGGACAUGAAGGAGAACAGGCUCAAGGAGCUGGAGGCUGAACUCACCAUGGCGAAACAGUCGUUGGCGACCCUGACCAAGGACGUGCCCAAGCGCCACUCGGUCUCGGCGCCCGCCGGCGAGCCGGUGGUCAACGGCAGCCAGGAGUGGGUGAUGCACGCCGACCUGCCGCUCACGGCCGCCAUCCGGCAGAGCCAGCAGACGCUGUACCACGGCCACCCGGCUGACAGACAGGCGGUGCUCAGGAUCAGCCCCUGUCACUCGCGCCAGCCCAGCGUCGUCUCUGACGCCUCGCAGGCCGACGGCGACCGCUCGUCCACGCCCAGCGACGUUAACUCGCCACGCCACCGGACGCAUUCCCUCUGCAACUCCAUGGAGGACCUGGAAGACCAGAAGCGUAAGAAGAAAAAGGAGAAGAUGACUCUGGGCUCGCUGUCACGUGUCUUUGCUCGAGGGAAGCAGCGCAAGUCCCUGGACCCGGGCCUGUUUGAUGGUACACCCACGCCCGACUAUUACAUAGAGGAGGACGCAGAUUGGUGAAGUUCUGUGUGUCUGUGUCAAUGGGGAAUACACUUUUGUGUCUGUGUGUGUGCGUGUGUGUGUGUGUGUGUGUGUGUGUGUAUGCGUGUGUGUUUGAUUGCCGUGUAUAUCCUUAAGAGAAGGAGCGUUGGGUUUUGAACGUCUACAUGCGACCCCAAAGGAAAAAAUAAGAAACAACCUAAGAGAGACUGCUAUCCCAGAGAUGUAUAUUGUCCAGGAAAUGUAUGUUUGUAAAUUAGAUAUAUAUUUAUAGAUGUACAUGUAUGCAUAUGUAUAUAUGUUUACAUGCGUAUAUAUAUAUAUAUAUAUAUAUAUAUACACACGAGGAUAUUAAGUGUAUACAUGUUAAUGCUGUAUUAUCUUCCAAAUGUUUAAUGUGUUCUUUUUUCUAACUGGAGACUUGAAGGACCGCUGUGCAUAUGUAAAUAGGCAUCCUGUGCGACUAGUGUUUGUUACGCUUUGAUCAUGCCUUAGGUUUUUAGUUUUUUAAUUUCCUUUUUACUUUGCCCAGUUAUCAUUUGGCACAUAUCUUCUAUAUAUCAGACUUGCAACAAGGGACACUAGAGGGCAUAUUUGAGACAGUUUUACCUUUGCUAUGAUAUAGCUUUUGGUACUAAAUAUGAAGAUUAAAAGGUAAAGAAGUCUACAAUUCACAGAGGGGAAAAACCACAGACAUCUGGUGUCUAACUUUUCCCCAGCGGUGGACCAUCAAAUCCUUAUGACAUGAUAAAAGUCGAAUCUGUCCUACAAAGAACUCAAAUUGUAGCGGGUGGGAAUAAGGGUAUUAUAUAUACAUCAUAGUGUAGAGUUUUACCAUGUUCUGUAGCCUUUUAGAUAACACAACUUAUUCUUUGGGUGUUCAGAUAUAGUCCUCCACCACAAGGCUUAACAAACCAUAGACGUUAUCACUUUUUCUAAAAUACCUUUACAAAAGUCGUAAAAUACAAUCACGCAUAUCUCCCAUGAAUUCUUAGGGCUGUUAAACUCACCUGAAUUUCUAAAAGAAAAGAAAAGGGGGUUCUUUGAGUUCCAUUAGCUGCCCACGAUAAACUCCCACGGUGGACGCUGACUCGGUUUGGUUCCUCGGUGACAGCCAUUGACCACACACACACCAAUACAGAACAUAGGAAUGUGCAUUGAAAUAGGCAUGAUCACGCCUGCUGCCUCAUUAAUAGAAAAUCCAUUCAUUACCAGCCAAUUAACCACCAUCUUGUGGUGCUCAUCUGACCUACCAAGCUCCCUUUAACUGUGUUAUGUUUCACCGCAUUAUAAAUGCACCAUUCCCCUGUUGUCUUUUGUUGUUUGUAGAUCUCAGUUGGCAUAGCCCCCCCCCACCACCACCACCACCACCCUCCUUUAUUUCUUACAUAUGUGGUUCUAACAAAUCUUUGUUGAAUGUUUUGUAAUUUAGGAGAAGAUGCAUAAAAAAAAGAGAAAUUAUAUUAAAGUAUUUUAUUUAAAGAACAAGAGCUUGAAAAUGCCGGCGAGCCUCUGCCACCAACUGUUUGCGGUCCAGAGGUUCGAGGGAAGCAUUUUAUCAGACACUCAACCACGCCCUUGAAAUGAAAUUCUUAUUUUAAAAAUAAAACCAGCGACUAAA